AAUUUCCGAGGAUUACCCGAAGGCGGCAUAAGCGACGAAAGGAGCAUUAAACAAAGAAGCAAAGAUGGAGGAAUGUCCCGCAAAGCAAACCCCUGAAAGUCUCGACGAUCCCCCAAACAGCCGGUUGUUCGCAGUCACAAGUCGGUGCAUAACAGAAGAUGAGCUUCGGGAUAGUUUCAGUAAAUUUGGCGACGUUCAGGGAGUUUGGGUGGUCAAAGACAAGCAGACAAAGGAGUCCAAAGGCAUCUGCUAUGUGAAGUUCUCUAAGUCCUCCCAGGCCUGUUUGGCCAUGGAGGAAAUGCACGGAAAAGUUUUGGUGGACGGGACUAAACCAAUCAAGGUUUUUAUUGCUCAGUCGCGUUCGUCAACAAAACACAGAGACGUUGAGGAUGAGGAGCUGACCAGGAUCUUUGUCAUGAUCCCUAAAACCUUCACAGAGGAAGAUCUCAAAAACACAUUUAAAGAGUACGGUGAUAUCGAGUACUGUGUCAUCAUCAAAAAUAAGUUCACGGGCGAAAGUAAAGGACUCGGCUAUGUGAGAUAUUACAAACCUUCCCAGGCUGCCCUCGCAAUAGAGAACUGCGACAAAUCUUACAGGGCCAUCCUGGCUGAACCUCGCACCAAAAACAACACCUCAGAGGACUAUAGCGGAGGGGGAAGCAGAGGGGAGUACACCCCCAGUCUUGAAUCAAUGAACCAGUAUAGCUUCCCUAUGCGUAUGUCUGAACCCAUGAACUACGGAGUCCUAGACUACCGCUCCAAUGACUUCACACGCUCUCUGAUGAUGUCCACACGGGCUGCACUCACCCAGGAGCAGAUUUUUGCUCUCUUUGAUAUCAUCCCUGGCAUGGAGUACUGCGAGCUGCAGAGAGACUCUUACGGAAUGAGCAAAGGUCACGCUUUGAUUCGCUACAGUAAUCUUGGAUCAGCAGUUUACGCCAAAGAGAAGCUGAAUGGCUUUGAGUAUCCACCUGGAAACAGACUAGUAAUAAAUUUCUUUGACGACGGAGAAGACAGGAGCAGCCCUGUAGGUCGGAUGGCCAUGCAGUUUGUUGCAGCUCAGAUGAUGUCUACAGUGUGGAACGGAGCCUCCACCAGCCAAAUGAUGAAACCUCCUGUUUACCCUCCUGUAGCUCAAAUGUCUCGCAUUCAGACAGACGUCAACCUGCCCUCUUUGAAGAAGCUCGCUCCACCUGACAGCAAGCCCAAGGAGCGCUUGUUUGUCGUGUUCAGCCCCUCACCGCUGCCCCCUGAUGUGUUGGAGGAUGUUUUCUGUCGAUUUGGUUCCCUCAUUGAAGUACAUUUGGUUCCUGGAAGAAAAGUUGGAUAUAUGAAGUAUGCAGACAAACAGUGUGCAGAUGAGGCCAUGGCAGCGCUCAAUGGUCGGAUUGUUAACGGAGUUAAGAUGAAGGUGAUGCUGGCCGAUCCUCCUAGAGAGGAAUCUCACAAACGUCCUCGUACCUACUAGGACUGAACCACAGGAGUGACCGGCGACUGUUGUCAUGACACAAUGACACCUGACCUGACAGACCGACAGACAUCAACACCUUCUCCCGACCUCUUACCGACCUUUUUGACACCCGUCUGACUCACUGCUAGAACAAGUGCACAGUAGCAUCCACCAUUUAAAUGGAGUUUAACUCGUAUUCAGCCUGUGAGCAUGUGCAGUGUGUUUUUUAUGUUCUAUAUGUGGAAAAGUUCAGCUUUUACUUUAAAAAUAACACCGAAAAUGUUUCAUUUCAAGUUAAAAAUCAUAAUGUUCUAGAGAUGGUGGGCAGCAUUUUGUUCUUCUAUUAGAAAUGAAAGCAAAAGAUGCAGUGUUUUGCUUUAGAAAACCAGGAUUUAUUAAGCUGAACCUGAACGUUUCAGAUCAGACCUGGCCCUCCUGUUGUUCUCAGUCUGCCCUGUAAUCCCAUAUUAUGCUCACCUAAUAGAUGCUUGACUGUGUUUUAAUUUAAUGUCUCAAUAAAAAUGACAUUCAAUACUG